UGUAUCAAAUAUUGACUGGAAGGAAGCCUCUAUUGAGACAUCAGAGACAGAACUCACAAGUUACGAUCCAGAAAUACCCUAGCCUCGAGACUCAACCAGUCAGAAACAAUAAUAUCACGAAUAAGAUGAGAAGUCUCUUGAUCACAAGGCUGAGUAGAAAGUUUAACAUUGAUCCUGACAAUGGCAUCCUCAUCAGAGAAAUUGAUUGGUAUUUGAGCAAAAAGAAUACAAAUGGCACAGUCAUGUCUAAUUUUAAGCAAAUGGAACUUGACUUAAAAUAGCUGUUAGCUUCUUCUAAGAAACCUGUGAAGAAACAGAAGCAAUUCAUGCCUAAAAAUAGAGCAAAAGUAUCAAUGUAUAUCUUUCAGCAAUUAAAUCUAUUAUGAUACUGUCAAGAAGUUGCUGCCUAUUAAAAAGAUGCAGCAGGAAAGACAACUCAGCAGUAGAGAGAAGAUAAUGCAUCUGAGCGACUACCAGAAGGCAAAAUACUACAAUGUUAAGAAUUUAUCCCAAAUGAUGAAAGAAAAGAAAAGCCAACGAAAUCACUAAUCAAGAAUGAGCCAAUUGAGGACAUAACUAAGAAAUUGCAAUUUCAGACAAACCUAGAAAGAUAAGUUCUUGACAAACAAAGACAGAAGAAGCAAGAGAAUAAUGAGAAGUUAUAUUUCGAGAACCAAGUGCUUCAAGAUGCGGAGAAAUAUGAGAAAGAACAAGAGGCUCAAAAGUAUGCUAAGCUUCAGAGAAGAAAUGAACUCAAGGCAUUCAUGGAUAAACAAAUCGAUGAAAAGAAAUUACAGAAGAAGAACCAAGAGGAGGAGAAGAAAGAGGAUGCUCUCAAGAUAAAAGCUCUACUUAAGAAGGAGAAAGACCAGAUUAUGAAGGAAACUAUACAAAAGAAAAAGUUUCAGAUAAGGCUUAAUAACAUCUCUAAGUUCAAUAAGGAUGAGGCUGAGAAAGUCAGAAAGCAGAAGAAUGACUGGAAGCAAGGCCAGAUUAAAGGAAGCAAGAAAUUCCAAGAAUAUCUUGACAAUUAUGAAAAGAAGAGGGAAAUUGAAUUUAGUUACAGAAAGGAAAAGAUUCAGGAGUUUUCAGAUAAACAGAAUCAAGCUUCUGUGGAUCCGAUAAUAAAGAAGAACAAAGAGUUGAAAGAGGACAGGGAGAUUGAACAAUAUCAAGACAAAAUUUAUAUCAAGGCUUAUACAGAUCAAAUGCAAAAAGAGAAAAAACGCAUGCAGCAGAUGGAAGAUAUCAGAGAAAUUUCUGACCAAAUGAUCAACAGAAAGAAAAUGAUGAAAGAAAUCGAGAAAAAUGACGACAAGAAAUAUCUCCAAUUAGGAAUUAGUAAAUAUUAA